AUGGCGCCAUAUGAAGCCCUAUAUGGUAGGAAGUGCAGAUCCCCGAUUGGUUGGUUUGAUGUGGGCAAGACUAAAUUAAUUGGGCCAGAUGUGGUACAGCAAGCAGUUGAUAAAGUAAAGCUUAUUCGGGAGCGAUUAUUGGCUACCCAGAGUCGACAAAAAUCAUAUGCAGAUAAGCGACGUCGACCACUAGAGUUUCAGAUUGGCUAUUGGGUAUUUCUGAAGGUGUCGCCCAUGAAAGGUGUGAUGAGGUUCGGCAAAAAGGGUAAGCUUAGUCCGCGGUAUAUCGGACCUUAUCAGAUUACCCAGAGGAUAGGCGAAGUCGCCUAUGAGCUAGACUUACCGUCCGAUCUGGAGGCAGUGCACCCGUUAUUUCAUGUAUCUAUGCUUCGUAAAUGUGUUGGUGAUCCUUCCAGAAUAUUUCCUAUAGAAGAUGUACAGAUAACAGAGGAGCUAUCUUACGAAGAACAUCCCGUAGCCAUUUUAGAUCGGCAGGUGAGAAGAUUACGGACCAAGGAUGUACCCUCUGUCAAGGUUCUGUGGCGGAACAAUAACCGAGAGGAAAUGACCUGGGAGGCUGAAAGCGAGAUGAAGAAGAAAUAUCCGUACCUGUUUCCUAUGCCGUCAGGAGGGGAGGAUGUUACAUCUCGCACCUUUGCGCAUUCGGAAAGAGGGAAAAAAAUAUUUUUGGCUUGCAAAGAAUGA